AUGAGAAGUGAAAAAGUGAAGACUCUAAAUGCUGCCCAGGAUGAAAAAAUUUUGUAUCUGGUGCAAAAAGGAAUUUGCCAACGUUUGAGAGAAAUUGCACAUUGCAAAAACUCUGAAAGUGUACCUAUCCAAAUUUACAGAGAGGUGCCAUGAAAGAUAAAAGAGUACGUAUACAUCGUUCAUAGUAGCUCUGGAAUUGAUGAGACAGCCAGAAAACAUAGUCAAGCGCCAGAAACUUCCAUUAGGAAUGCACAAGUCACAUUCGCAAUUGCAAAUAAAAGUGAAGAACUAAGAAGGGAUGGAUGAAAGUAG